UUAUUACUUCUCAGUUACAAAUCUUUGACUCUUUUUCUUCAACCAGAAAAGGAAAAAAAAAUAUUGUUUUCUCUUUUCAGUCCAAACCAGAUCUGUUAUCGCUCUAAAAAGAGACUGUAAUGUCGUCUGUGGUGAAAGAUUUGCAUUCAAAUGUAGAGAAAUCUGAGACCCCUUUGAGGCCAUUCAAGAUUUUCGUAGGCUAUGAUCCACGAGAAGAUGUUGCGUAUGAGGUUUGUCGUUAUUCCCUUCUGAAAAGAUCAUCAAUCCCACUUGAGAUAACACCCAUUAAGCAAUGUGAGUUGAGGGAGCAGGGUCUGUAUUGGCGUGAAAGAGGGAAAUUGGAAAGUACUGAGUUUUCAUUUUCGCGAUUUUUGACGCCUUAUUUGGCAGAUUAUGAGGGUUGGGCUAUGUUUGUUGAUUGUGAUUUCUUGUACUUAGGGGAUAUUAAAGAAUUGAGGGAUAUGGUUGAUGAUAAAUAUGCUUUAAUGUGUGUACAACAUGAUUAUACUCCAAAAGAGACUACGAAAAUGGACGGUGCAGUGCAAACGGUUUAUCCUAGGAAGAAUUGGUCGUCCAUGGUUCUUUAUAACUGUGGACAUCCAAAGAACCGGGGGCUAACACCUGAGGUGGUGAAUUCUGAGUCCGGGGCAUUUCUUCAUCGCUUCAUGUGGUUGGAGGAUGAGGAGAUUGGGGAGGUUCCAUUUGUGUGGAACUUUCUUGUGGGGCAUAAUAAGGUUGUUGAAGGUGAUCCAGCUACAUUUCCUAAGGCGAUUCACUAUACACUUGGUGGACCCUGGUUUGAGGCGUGGAAAGAUUGUGAAUUUGGUGAAUUGUGGUUGAAGGAAUUGGAAGAGUCCAAGAAGGCAAAGGAGAAGGUGGUUUAAGCCAAUGUAGACAACAUUGUUUAAAUCGCAGGGUGUAUGUUAAGGUAAUCAGCUGGUGGUUGUUGUUGUAAGUGUGUUCAGUAAUUAGAAGGUUAUGCCAUUAAUUUAAUCUUCCACAUUAUUUAUUUUGUAUUUUCUCACUUCGAGAUUCUUUGUAAUUCAAGCCAAUAUUUAUUCUGUGUUGCUAUAUCUGAUAAGCAGACUUUUAAGUCAUAUAGAGUUGUAUUAUAAUUGUAAUAGAUGUCUGUUAGUAUAGAAGGUAGUAGAUUGUGUGAUGAUCUACAAAUUUAUUAUUGAUAUCUGCUCUGGAUUUGUAAUUUGGUUUCAUUAAUGAGAAACGAUGGAGGUUUGGUUGCUUCUGUAA